AUGGUGUCCAAAAACUCUGUCGAAUUUGAAGGCCUCAUUGAAGCUCAAAGCACUGAAGUUCCUCCAAUCUCUGGCCUUCCUCCAGUUGCCUUAGAUGACAAGAAACCUUCUGUCUCUGCCUCAGACUUCUCAGUCCCUACCAUCGACCUUGCAAGCGUCCACGUAGACGCUGCAUCGCGUGAAGGUAUCGCAGAGAUGAUCAAAGACGCUGCAGAGAAGUGGGGAAUUUUCCAGGUGAUCAAUCAUGGUGUUCCUUUAAGCGUUCUUGAAGAGAUGAAAGAUGGAGUUAUUAGGUUUUAUGAGCAAGAUCCUGAGGUGAAGAAAUCUUACUCUUCGCGCGAUUUCAACAAGACUUUUAAUUACCUCGAUACUUUCGACGGUUACAGUUCGUCUGAUGGUAAUUGGAGAGACAGCUUCUCUUGUUACAUGGCUCCUGAUCCUCCAAACCCUGAGGAGCUCCCAGUGGCUUGCAGGGAUGCUAUCAUUGGAUACUCGAAGCAUGUGAUGAGCUUAGGUGGUUUGCUCUUUGAACUUGUCUCAGAAGCUCUUGGUUUGAGCUCCGGGGCCCUUAAGAGUAUGGAUCGGACCAAGGGUUUGCAAAUAAUAUGCCAUUAUUACCCUCCAUGUCCAACACCUGACCUAACUUUGGGCACAAGGAAGCAUACCGAUAACGCCUUUAUCACCAUUCUUCUUCAAGAUCAAGUCGGUGGUCUUCAAGUUCUCCAUGAAAACUGUUGGGUCAAUGUCCCACCUCUUCCCGGGGCUCUUGUUAUUAACGUCGGAGAUUUCUUGCAGAUGAUGACGAACAACAAGUUCGUAAGCGUGGAGCAUAGGGUUCUUGCAAACAGAGAUAGACCGAGGAUUUCAGUCGCUUGCUUCUUCUGCUAUCCAACAAUGCUUGGAUAA